AUGGCUUCAUCAGACAAAGAGGGAGAGAUUCUACCUGACUACAUUGAUGGAUACUAUUCCGUUGAUCAAAGCGACAUACCUGUCAAGUUUUCUCUUCUCCUAACCAAAUGGGACGACGAGGACGAUGACGAAGAUCCCACUGGUAGCUCGGUAGGGCCUGUGUAUCUGCGUGGCAACACUGAUAGUGGGAAUGAGUCUGUUUGUAAGCUCGCCAAAGCGUGGAAGUUUGAUCUAUUUGAUGAACAUCAUCCCAAGAUCGAAGUGCUUCUUCAUGGGAUGCGUUGGAUUACUCUACGAGGGUUGUGCUCAUCCUCAUGCCAUCCUUCGUCUGGAUCUGACUGA